GAACACCUCCACUCUUCUCUCCACAUUUUUCCCUGCACCACGCCGUCUGCGUGGCUGCCAUCUUUAAAAUAAAUUCUACUACCUAAAUUAAGUUCCUAAAAUUCAUUUUUGUAAGAGUAAUAAUUGCUAAUGUGAGUAGUAAAGAUUCUGAAACUCUUGUCAAGUGAAAAUUACGAAGUAUACCGUUAUUGGACAGGUUAUUCGGGUCAUUUUUCAUAAAAACUCGUACAUUGAAUCGUGCCAGGUGCAGUUUAGUAUAGAAACGGUGCAUAAGUGGUAAUCGGAGUAAAAACAAGACAGUAUUUCUAAUUGCCAAGCGAGAGACAAUUCAUCCUCCUCCCCGUGCGUCGUAGCUCCCAUCCGGCUACCCCCUGUGGCCAGUGAAGGUGUCCCGUGAUCAGAAGCGUGUCGCAUCCGUCCCCCAAGGACCCUGACGUCCGGUACUCGAUGAGACUCGCCCAUAUUCCCCUACCGAGCCCACGGCGACAUCAUCUUCUCCGCCCACAGGCGGAAUCAACUUUAAUUAAACUUUGGGCAGCGAUCACUUUAUGUAUGUCACUCGACCAUUCGUCUCAUACCGUGACAAAUAUGAGGCUCCAUAUCCUCCUAGGAUUUUGCUUGGUGGCUACAGCAUUUGCCCAAUAUGUAGAAGAAGACUACUUUUUGUACGAUUCGUUCCCCCCAAACUUUAAAUUUGGCUAUGCAACGGCAUCCUACCAGAUCGAGGGAGGUUGGAACGAGGAUGGCAAAGGAGUCAAUAUUUGGGACACGUGGACGCAUUUGAACCCAAGUCCUAUCGAUGACGGCAGUAAUGGUGAUUUAGCCUGCGAUUCGUAUCACAAGUGGAGAGAGGAUGUCCGAAUUCUUAAGGAAGCUCAUGCCAAAUUGUACCGCUUCUCGAUCUCCUGGACGCGCAUACUUCCCAAUGGAACGUAUACCAGCGACGCGGACAUCAACCCGCUCGGCGUAAAAUAUUACAACGAUUUGAUUGAUGCCUUAAUUGAGGCAGAAAUUGAACCGAUGAUCACCAUUUUCCACUGGGACACGCCCCAAUCGCUUGAAGAUCUUGGUGGAUUCACGAAUGAAGUGAUUGUCGAUCAUUUCGUUUCCUUCUCUAGAUUGGCGUUUACCUUGUUUGGGGACAGAGUGAAGCAUUGGAUAACAUUUAACGAACCCUGGGUCGUCUGUUGGCAAGGGUACGGAGUUGGUUCGAAAGCUCCAGGAAUCGUUGAUCCAGCGGAGUUGCCUUACCAGUGCGUCCAUAAUAUUUUAAAAGCUCACGGAAAGACGUAUCGUCUCUACGAAUCCGACUUUAAAACACAGCAACGGGGCUACGUCGGCAUAACACUGGACACCUAUUGGUAUGAGCCAGCCUCUGAUAACCUCAACGACACAGCCGCGGCGGAAAGAGCGUUGCAGUUCCAUCACGGUUGGUUCGCCUCUCCCCUCUAUUUCGGCAAAUACCCGGACGUCAUGCGCGAAUUCGUUGACGCCAAAAGCAUCUCUGAAGGACGCGAUGUAUCCCGACUUCCAGAAUUUGAUGCAGAAUGGCGUGCCAUCAUUACAGGAACAGUCGACUUCCUGGGAUUAAACCAUUACACGAGUGCCCUGGUUAGACAUACAAACCCUGGCGCCGCUGGGUACACGCCAGGCUGGGAUGGGGACCAGGAUCUCUUCAAGUUCCAAAGCCCCACGUGGUCUUGUUCUGCCUCGCCUUGGCUGAAAGUGAACCCCGUCGGGUUUCGCAAGGUUCUAAAAUGGUUGAAGGAUACGUACGGAAGUCCGGAAAUUAUCGUGACGGAAAACGGGACAAGUGAAGACGACGCAACCGCGGGAGCCUUCGGUCCUUCGCCGCUAUUCGAUUUAGCAAGGUCAUACUAUUACACGAUGUAUAUUAAUAACAUGUUAAAAGCGAUUGUACAAGAUGGCGUGAACAUCACGUCCUACACGGCGUGGAGUUUGAUGGAUAAUUUCGAGUGGAAGAGGGGAUACACGCAACGAUUUGGCGCACACCGCGUCGAAUUCGACGAUCCUGACCGAGAAAGAAAGCCAAAAGAGUCUGUCGCACUUUUGCGCGAUAUUUUUGACGACAACGGAUUUAACAGUUUGAGAGACGUUAAUCAGCGGAAGCGGUAUCACGACGUGGUCGAAUUCUACACUAGAGGCGAGAAGCCAUUGGGACAGUCCCAAGGCUCUCUCAGCAGACAGGUCAAUGUGGCCGGACUGGCCGUCAUUAUGAUUUUCUGGACACUUAUUGUCAGUUUAGCUUAAUAAUUUACAUAAAUAUUUGUCCAUCUCUAAUUUCUUGUCCAUUUAUAAAGUAUAAAAUUUAUUAACCUGUAAAGAUUUCAAUGUUCUUUUCUAAAUAAGUAUACAUAUCUCAACUACAGAAUUUUUCAUUGCAAACAUACACAAGGAGUAAUAUAUGCACUCAAAUAAAUUCCCCCAAAAUUA